GAAUAUUAUUCAUUCGUUGUGACUCAGUCUCUCAUGACAGCAUUUACAAUGGUAACGUUGAGUUGCUUGCAUUGACUAAAGUAUAUAUCUUUGUUGAUGUUGAAAAUGUACCUUAAUAUCAUAUUUUUUGUUAUACUGGUUAUCAGUACAUCAAGUUUGGGAGAUAAGAUUAAUAUAACACUCAUUUACUCCUCAGCAGAUGAACAGUCUUUAAACUUUCUUAAAACAGAGUGGACGUUAAAGCCGAUUGAUGUAUUCGAAAAAUAUAUCAAUUGGGAUUUGGAACUGUACACGCCUUAUACAGCAAAACCAAAUGAAAACGGUAGCAGAGAUUAUUCCUUUAAAUGCGACCAUGGGGAGCAAGAGGUGCUUGGGAAUAAAUAUCAUGAAUGUGCCAAAAAGUACUAUUUCUACAAAAAUGAUGAAUUGAUUAAUUUCACUAAAUGUUAUGCUAAAAAUACUGCUGUGUUGUCUGCUGAUACAGUGAAAUUACCAGAUCUAGGACUAUGCACAAAUGAUGAUAAUCAACGGAAUUAUUUGAAGACGUGUGUGGAAGGAAGAGAUGUAAUUAACAGUUUGGUGAAUUCAACUUCGAAUAUAAAAAAACUUAAAAUUGAAAUGAAAAUGCCAAUUCUGUUUGUCAAUGGUAAACGCUUUGAUUGGAAUGGUAAGUUUAAUGAAUUUGAAAAAAAUAUGUGCCAAAAUAUUAGUAGCAUUAACAAUUUAACUGAUAUAUGUAAUGGUGCAAUCAGCAAUAUCUUUAUUAAUAUUGCAUUAUUACUGUCCAUGUUGAUGUUCCAUAAAGUUAUGAGCUACUAACAUUAUUGCACAUUUAGGAAACUACUCCUAAAGAGAGAAUCUCGCACUUAAUGCUUAUGAUGGGUAUCGGAAAUUAGAACUAUUUGAAUGCUUACUCUAGUCAUAUAGUUGCAGGAAAGUAGAUAUAUUUAUAAAACUUUUAUUUUCGAAUAUUACACUUUAACAAACAAACAAAAUUUUUAACUUAAAUGGAAUUAUAAAUGUUAUGCAUUCAUCUUAGGGAUAGCUAUUUCUUUCCACCUGAGAAAAGAAAAAUUAAUUGUUAAAUUAAAUAUUUAUCUGCUUUAA